CACCUCAAUUGUAAUGAGACAAUUUUGAAAGGCUGCAGAGAAAAGAGGCAACUCGGUCAUCCUCUCGACUUCACAUCAGAAGCCGUUGCCCCUUUCCCCCUACAGCCGAAAACCCUAUUUAACACCCUUUCUCUCUUGCAUAGCCACAAAGAAGAACAUCGUCCAGGAAACUGGGGGAUGCUAAGACGUGAAGGACGCAUAUGGCUGUUUCUGCUCCUAGCCUCAAAAAGAAAAGGUUGUAGCUCAUCUUUGCCAGCUUACCUGACUACUUCUAAGCAAAGGAGAUAACGAAAUAUUAUUAGUGAGUUCAGUGACAUGAAGAGCUCACUAGAUGUUGGCUAUGAUCACUCUUCUCUUCAAAUCUCCGUGGCAAUUUUUGCCCUAAUCAUCCUGCACAUUAGUGCCUUGGAUGCUUUUACAGUCGCGGUAUAUGAACAUGCUGUUAUAUUGCCAAAUAAGACAGAAACGCUUGUUUCCCAGGACAAUGCCCUGUUCCUUAUGAACGAGAAUAUAGGUUUCUAGACAGAGCAAUUAAGCACUCAGCUAAGCAGCAGAAUGCUCAAAUGACUGUGACUCCAGAAGAUGCGCUUUAUGGAUGGAAAUUUUCCAGGGAAACCAUUUCUCUUUAUCUGAAGCAUAUCCCGGCCCCUCAGGUGAAUUGGAUUACAUGUCAAAACACCCAGAGAACAGAGACACCAGUUUCCAAAGAAGAAGCUUUGCUCCUGAUGAACAAGAACAUAGAUGUUUUGGAGAACGCAGUUAAACUGGCAGCCAGGCAGGGCACACAUAUCAUUGUUACCCCAGAAGAUGGAAUUUAUGGCUGGGUUUUCACAAGAGAGACCAUUUACCCCUAUCUGGAAGAGAUCCCAGACCCAGAGGUGAACUGGAUUCCAUGUACAGAUCCCCAGAGGUUUGGCUACACCCCAGUGCAACAAAGGCUCAGCUGCCUGGCCAAGGACAACUCCAUCUACGUUGUGGCAAAUAUUGGGGACAAGAAGCCAUGCAAUGCCAGUGACCCUCAGUGUCCCCCUGAUGGCCGUUACCAGUACAACACUGAUGUGGUGUUUGAUUCUGAGGGUAGGCUGGUGGCACGCUACCAUAAGUACAAUCUUUUUGCGCCUGAAAUUCAAUUUGAUUUCCCCAAGGAUUCAGAAUCUGUGACUUUUGAGACUCCUUUUGGGAAGUUUGGCAUUUUCACUUGCUUUGACAUUUUUUCUCACACCCCAGCUGUGGUGGUGGUGGAUGAGUUUCAAGUGGACAGCGUCCUCUACCCGGUGGCGUGGUACAACACGCUGCCCCUUCUGUCGGCUGUUCCCUUCCACUCUGCGUGGGCCAGAACCAUGAGAGUCAACUUGCUUGCUGCGAAUACCCACAACACCAGCAUGCACAUGACAGGGAGUGGAAUCUACGCACCGGAAGCGGUCAAAGUGUAUCACUAUGACAUGGAAACAGAGAGUGGCCAGCUGAUGCUGUCCGAACUGAAGUCCCGGCCGCGAAGUGAACCCACCUAUCCUGCAGCUGUUGACUGGAGUGCUUAUGCCAGAAGUGUCAAGCCAUUCUUGUCUGAACAGUCAAAUUUUCCGGGGAUGAUUUAUUUUGAUGAGCUCACCUUCAUUGAGCUUAAGAGAAACACAGGAAAUUACACAGUUUGCCAGAAAGACCUGUGCUGUCACUUAACUUACAAGAUGUCGGAGAAACGAACAGAUGAGGUUUACGCACUAGGUGCUUUUGACGGACUGCACACGGUAGAAGGUCAAUAUUACCUACAGAUAUGCACAUUACUGAAGUGUCAAAUCAGUGACCUGAGAACUUGUGGGGAGCCCAUGGGGUCAGCUUUCACCAAGUUGGAAGAUUUCUCCCUCAGCGGCACAUUUGCAACACGUCAUGUUUUCCCACAGAUCAUUCUCAGUGGAAGUCAACUUGCGCCUGAAAGGCAUUAUGAGGUCUUGAGAGACGGACGUCUGAGGAGCCGAAGCAGAACCCCUCUGCCUGUCUUAGUUUUGGCCCUGUACGGAAGAGUGUUUGACAAAGACCCUCCGCGCUUGGGGCAAGGACCCCGGAGAUUAGAAUAAUCCCUUUCCACUGGCACACUUUCAGGAUUACCCUGGCAAAGAAAGGGAGAGGGAAAAAAAAAAAAAAAAAAAGCUUCAUGUCUGUGUAGAAGAGAUGUCACAAAUUGGCCGGAACAACAAACUUAAAACGUGAAAAGCAGUGGAUGGGUUUUAUAUGUUUUACGUUUUCCGUAUUUGAUAUAUAGCACCAACUCAUUUGUGGGAGCUGCAUGUAGGAUCCGUGUAGGUGCAACGUAAGUAUAUGUGAGUAUAUGUGUGUGUAGCAGAACAUGCAGUUAAAUGGAGGGGGACUUAGAAAACUCCUUUUGUGUUAACUACUCUGAUAUAUGUGAAUGUUUGUCUAUCAUUUGUAAAUACACAGGGGGCACCUUAAGUAUGCAGAGGGCUUUUGAUCCUCGUUGAUUACGAUAUAGGAAGGAAAAAAACAAGGGCAUCUCCUAAAGUAAUUAUGAGUAACUUUUCAAAAAAUUUUGAGUAACUUGUUAACUGAUUAAAAUUCUUCUAUUAU